AUGAAAAGCGUUUUUGGCAAUGUAGAUGAACUAGAAACCAUCAUGGGUGACUUCUACAAUGCAAAGCAGAAGGAAACCGAGGAUGUUUCAGCAUGGAGUUGUCGCUCAAAAGAAAUACUUGAUAAAGCCAUCCAUUCAGGGAAAGUCAGUAAGCCACAAGCAGAUACCAUGAUGCAUGACAUGCUUUGGAAAGGACUUAGACCAGAUAUAAAGCAUAUUAGCCACUAUGAGAAGGAACGCUUUAAGACAUUUGAUCAUUUGCGUGUAGCUUUGAGAAAUAUUGAGAAAGAACAUAAUCUAGAUGAACUACCGAAGGUGAAAGCAACAUCAAAACAGGCCAUUGCUAAUGACAUGAAUGAGAAAGAGGAGGAAUCUGAACUUGUUACAACACUGAAGCAGAUAAACACACGCCUUGAACACGUAGAAUCUAGACAACAUAAUAAGCAACAAUUUGAAGAUCAACCAAAUCAACAACAACAAGACACACAACCACAACCGUACCAAGAGACAUUUAAUCAGUUUAGAGGUAGAGGAUACAAUAGAGGUGGUAGAGGAAAUAGAGGUUAUGAUAGAGGUUAUGGAAGAGGUUAUGGCAGAGGUUAUGGUAGAGGUUAUGGCAGAGGUUUUGGUAGAGGUUAUGGCAGAGGUUUUGGUCAGAAUCAACAUCAGUCUACUCAACCGAUUACAUGCUACCGUUGUGGAAGAGACUCGCACAUUGCCAGAGGAUGCUGA